CCUAGUCCAGGAGGCAGGAGUCUGGGCUACACACAUCUCCAAUCUCUUGGAAGGAAAUACUUGGAUCAUAUCAAGUCAUAUACAAAGAGACCUGCAAGGCUUGGGAGGUGGCUCCUACAAUAAGAGGGAGUGCUGGUAUUAUUUCAUAUAGGAAGGAUUCAUGUCCGGUUAUCCUGGAGCAAAAGUUAUUUUCCAUCAUGGGGUUGGCGAUCAUGACUCUACUGGGAAUCUACAAGGAUGUAAAGAAGGAGCUCUUGGUGAACACAUCAUAUCCUUAAAGAACAUCUGUAAAGCAACUCAUGAAAUAAGACUGUGCAUCAUCAAGAUCAACUCUCCAAUGACCAAAGAAACAUCUUUUGAAUUGUGGCCUGUUAGCUCCAAAAAAAAGUGCAAUUUACUAAAUGAUCAAUAAUUUCCAUAUAUUGGCAUAAUGACAAAGUGGAUUACCGGGGCUGGCUUUUUUUGGAAUACAGAUAUUUUGAAGCUGAAAAAAAUCAUGAACUUAUUCUGCAUCUCAGGAACAUGGAAACAGAAAUAUGAGUAAUAUGGACAUCUUUACUAAACACAGCAGACACAAUUAAUUUGACGUCUCCAUUAUUUUGUACUGGAAUACUACCGCAGUACCACUUGUAUUGACACAAUAGUAUCUCAAGCUAUGACUGAAGUCUAUUUAAAAUUCCGUGGAAACCGAACUAUCUACGUCCAGCAGUUCCCAACAGUGGCCACAGAAGCAACUGCUACCACCACGGAUAAAUACUCCAACCUGUACAUGUAUGUGGGAUUGUUCCUUGGCCUGCUCGCCGUGCUCCUGGUCUUGCUGUUCACAAUGCUCUUACGUCUCAAACACGUAAUCUCUCCCAUUACCACUAACACGGAAAGCACGGACACGCCACAAUUCACUGAUGUGGAAAUGCAAGGGAGGUCGCAAAGUGCCUAAUGGACUUACAGUAAUACAGACAGUCAUGCAUUUGGGCGCUGUUGAUCCUACGACUGCUGCACCGCCCUGCAGGGGCUUAGCAAAUGCCUCUGUGUUGGACAGAAAUAUCAUAUUCUGCUCAGCUACUGAACAUUUCUUUUAUAGAAUUAAGAUUUUAGGAUGACAGCAUAUACUGUGGACAUUCCUGUCGUUUUUAUGUAGUAUAGAUGUUGAUACAGCACAAAUAUCCCUUAUUGCAAAGGACCAAGUUUUUGUUAGUUGCCCAUCUGCUUUGGCCAAUGUCUAGGUGGUCAGUAAUGAAAGUCAACUUCUAAUCACGUGACCGAGUUUCUUAAUAUAGAAAUGUAUUCAUUCAAAUAUUUUAUUUUUUACUGCCUUAAAGUAAAAAUGAUUUGCUAAUAUCAAAUUAGGAUGAAUGCACCUACCUGUUUGGCAAUACACAUGAUGGAUCUCUAUGGGUAUGAGUAUGAUAUUGAGCACUUGCUAACAUCUCUGGAACAUAGUACUCUGAAGGUAGUAGACUUGUCUCUUAGGGCACUUAUCACCAAGUGUCACAUAAGGAUAUGUCCGCUAAUUUGUUAUUUUUCUAAACGACUGCUUUUAUGUGUACAUUACGUCAUCAGUGAGUCACGAUGAGCAAGGAACUUCAGGUCAUUCUUUCUUAACUGUGUUAUGCCAUUAUUACAUGAGUAUGUAUAGGACUAUAAACACGUGCAUCUAUAUCAGUUAAGAGAAUAUUUGAUUAUUUGCACCUUUAAAGUCUAGUGGGGGAAAGGAGGCAGAGUGUUUUUUUUUUUUUCAGAGAACCACUAAACCUGAAAAACCACCCUUUCCAAAAAUCUAUUCAUGCCCUUCCUCCUCCUCUUCACUGUCCUAUGAUAAGCUGUAAGACAAGUGGCUGGAGCAGGACCCUCCCUGCUGUGUUCUUAAAGUUUGUUAAGUGGCAGAAACGUAGCCAAUUUUCUAACGUGCUCACCUUGCAUUAGUUCCAAUGUCAAAUGCAUUAAGCUUGAAUAGAUGGACGGCGCUCCUCUCUUGUCACUUAUGCACUGCCACCAUAUCAAUGCAAAGAUUUUCUGUGACAAUCAGACUGUCUUGGGAAGAAGUGGAACACACCAAAGUCCACUGUUGGGAGCUUAGCAUCCACAGCAAUAAGUGUGACACAUACAUAAUGCCUCUACAUAUAUUCAUGACAUUGUCUGUGGUCUUUUGAAGGGAAGCUAAGAAUAAUGGUUUUGUCAUAUCAUUUUAAAUGUGUAAAAUAAGUGACAUGUAAUGCAAC